AUGCAACUCGUCUAUCUUCAGUCGCGACUCACCCGCAGAAAUGUUCAAUUCGUCUUGACGAUAAAAAGAUACUUCGCAUCCAAAAAUGGGAAUACCACACAACCCGGCGUAUGGGAUGAAACCGAACUGAGCAAGGCAAGAGACUGGCUCUCAAAGUUCACUAUCAACUCAAUUCCUCGCAAUAUAUGUGCCAUAUCAUUCAGUCGAUCCAGCGGUCCUGGAGGGCAGAAUGUCAACAAAGUCAACUCAAAAGCAACGCUCAAGGUUCCCUUGAGUGCAUUGUUACCACUGGUGCCAUCAAUACUUCAUCAAAAUCUACGCUCAUCUCGAUAUAUAGCUGACAGGACCGAUGCACUUGUGAUCCAGUCUGAUGAGGCCAGAAAGCAAUCAGCGAACGUCGAGUCUUGUUACGAGAAGUUGUACAGGGUUGUCGAAGAAUCGGCUCGGAAUGUGAUUCCUGGAGAGCCAUCUGUAGAGCAGAGAGACCGCGUUAGGGAUUUGAAAAAAGCCGAGACGGAGGCACGGAUCAAAACUAAAAAAAUGCAUAGCGCAAAAAAGAGCAAUCGUCGGAAUAGUAAAUACGAUGAUUGA